AGGGUGCGACCUUUGAGCCCAAUAUACAUAACUUACUUUAUAGUCAGAGCUUAAACAUUGCACAAUACAUAGUUUUACACCCGAUUAUGUUUAACCAUGGGCCAUUUACAAAUAUGUCCCUUGUUUACCGAUGUAAACGACAAAACACGUCAUCAGAGAAGUUGUCUUUCGCCGGUCACAUACUAUCAGUAAAGCAGCUUUCGAUCCAUAUUUUGGUCGGAUAAAAAUGGCCGAAAAGUCUCCAAGCACCGACGCCCGUCGGAGGCGAACUCAUAACGUGGAGCCGCCGGACGGCGGGUGGGCCUGGGUGGUGUUGGCCGGUACGUUCUCGUCACAAGUCCUGUCGUUUGGUUUCUACGGUGCUGCGGCCGUCUAUGUCCCUGUGUGGAUGGAUUUCUUCGACAGCUCAGCGACUGAUACGAGCCUGGUUGUUUCACUUUCGUCAUUCUUUAUGGGCUUUUGGAGCGUGGUUGCUGGUGUCUUGAUCACCCGGUUCAGCGUGAGGUCUGUUUGGAUCGCUGGGGGCGUGCUGUCAUCAUCAGGACUGCUGAUAUCUGCAUUUGCCACCAGUACACUCUACUUGACCUUGAGCAUGAGUUUGGUAACAGCUCUCGGUUUCAGCAUGUGUGUCAACAGCGGUUUGGUAGUUCUGAGCAUUUACUUCAAGAAGCGCCUAACUCUGGCAUUCGGCAUCGCCUCGUCGGGUUUUGCAGCGGGUCAGGUAGCCCUCACCCCUCUUCUAGACUACCUGAUAAUCGAGUACGGAUGGAAAGGGUCUAUGGUCAUAUUAGGCGGCAUCAUGUUGAAUAUGAUCGCCGCUGGUGCCCUCAUGCGUCCGCUGUCACCCAAGGUGCGCAGGCCGAGGUUGAAAUCGAAGCAGGAGUCCGAGUCCAAGACAAAUCCUGCGAGCGAUGAUUCCAUGAAGAACAGUGAGACUGCUCAAAAAUCCAGAGAGGAGGGUUUUAUUGAUCGGGCACAGGCGAGAACUAGCGGUGACUCUACCUUUUGCUCGGACUCACCCAUCGACGACGAUUCCGUCAGAGUGUGUUUUGACGACAAGGAGAUCUUGUGGCGGAAAACAGACGAUGACGAGGAAGCGAUGCAGCCGAAAGCAGAAACGCCGGCUGACGUCGGAGACAGAUCCCCCGUGGGAGACAGCAAACCUCGUGAUCUCUGCUCUCUUACGGACUCAGUAGCAACAAACUCUCCCGAAAUGAGCAAUCCACCAUCAAACGCAUCGCAGUGCGAUUCUAGUCAAUCGUUAGCCGGACGUUGCAGACGACACCUGUCCCACUUCCAGUCCUUUAUGUUGCACCAGUACGGCCUCUCGGGCUUGUUCCGCAACCCAAGUUUCGUCCUGACCAUACCCAUCGGGAUAGCUCACGGCUUCGGUUGGGCCUCGGUUGUGUUUCAUCUCGACGCCCGUGCUGAGUCUGUCGGCUUGCGGGCCAGCGAGGGGGCUACAUUGCUCACUCUCAUGGGCGUAGGAGCCUUUGUUACUUCAAUCAGUCACGGAUGGUUCGUCGAUAAGGGGUAUAUCUCCCCAAUAAUCGCCUACACCUUGGCCAUCCUCUGCAAUCUACUAGGCUCCUUCAUUCUGCCGCCUCUCGUAACUUUUGGCCCCAUGGUCGCGGCCUGUGUGCUCUUCGGUGCGGCCACCGGUGUGGCGGAACCGAUGAUCUUCGUGAUUCUUCAGGCUCUGGUGCAACCGUCUGAGGUGGCUGGGGCAACCAGUAUUGUCCUUGUUUGCUGGGGUGUUGGAGAAAUAAUAGGAGGUACUUUAGCAGGUCGGAUCUAUGACACCCUCGCAAGCUACAACAACGCGUACUUCAUGGCGGGAUCCGUGUUUGCCAUUGUAGCUAUCCUAGCUACCAUUAUGUUCUUCUUAGAAAAAAGAAAGACUAAGGGAGACAAGAAGCUAGUGAGCAAAACCAACGAAGCAGGCACCGGUGAAGCACAGCAAAGGCCUAGUACUGCCGAAGACAUACAUGGAAAACGUCUUGAUGAAAACAUUGAGAAUGGAGUUGUGAAUCCCAUGUACUCUGGUGCUAGUAACAACGAGGUUCAACAGGAGAUACACACUGUAGAACAGCAAGAUGAGGAAAUGGCUGAAAUCAGCCCGGGAAACAAGGACGAGUCUUCCUGUUAAAUUUUUAGACACUAUAAUAAUGGUUAUUCGUGCCAAGGAAUCGUCAAUCAGACAACCACCGAAUAAAUACAAUGAUAACAACAUGAUUCAGGGACAUACACAACUUGCAUGCAAUUCUAAAAUGUGGUGGAUGUUUCACAUACAAGGUUGACGACCGGGCCUUUGCUUCAUACCGGAGUGUCUUGAUUAAUUUGAAAUAUUCUUAAUCCUGAACGUCCAGAAAGAGAGAAAAUUAAAAGUGUGUGGUAUAUGGUUUGACAAGUUGUGCGAAUUGAAAAUGGUUGAAAUUUGAGUAAAAGAAGAACUAAUUAAGGUAUCAAA